AUGAAUUUAUUUGUAAAUAAUUUCCAUGAUUAUGCUUUUGUAGAAAUUGAAAGGUUUUGGAAGAAAUUUAUGCAAGAAAUUGAAGAAAAAGGAGAUUUAGAAGGUAUUAUGGAAAGUCAUGAGGCUUUUUUAGAAUAAUUGUGUCAAAAAAUGUUCCUAAAUGAAGAAAAUGGAAACGGUUUUGGCAAUAUUCGAGAAGGCUUUGGCAAUUAUAGGAUAGUUUUGUGGAUUAGUUAAGGUAUAAUUGCUUCAUUUUAGAGAACUUUUGGAAAGAAUUUAGGAGAUUGUGAAUUGUUUGGAGAUUAAAUAGAUUAUUUAAUAAGGAUAUGA